ACUUCCAUGUAUUGUCAGUGACUGGAAUGAAUGGUCUGCACCUGAUGCUACAGGCUCCUCAUUCAGAUGGAGAUUUGUUGUCAGACCAGCAAUCAAUGGAGGACAAGAAUGUCCAGAUCUCAUCCAGGGCAAGAAAGUACCACUUCCACUUAUUGUUGGACCAUGGAAUGCAUGGGCAGCACCUGAUGCCACUGGAACCACCUUCAGAUGGAGAUAUGUAUUACGACCAGCUAUCAACAAAGACGAAAAGACACCAGAACUCAUUCAGACCAACAAAGUCAAACUUCCAUGUAUUGUAUCUGACUGGAAUGAAUGGUCAGCACCUGAUGCUACUGGCUCCUCAUUCAGAUGGAGAUUUGUUGUCAGACCAGCCAUCAAUGGAGGACAAGAAUGUCCAGAUCUCAUCCAGGGCAAGAAAGUACCACUUCCACUCAUUGUGUCUCCAUGGAAUACAUGGGCAGCACCUGAUGCCACUGGAAGCACCUUCAGAUGGAGAUAUGUUGUCAGACCAGCAAUCAACAAAGACGAAAAGACUCCAGACCUUAUCGAGGCCAAGAAAGUGGUUCUUCCAUGUAUUGUGUCUGACUGGAAUACUUGGUCUGAAGCUGAUGCUACUGGCUCUUCAUUCAGAUGGAGAUUCGUAACCAGACCAGCAAUCAACGGAGGAAAAGAAUGUCCAGACCUCAUCCAGGGCAGAAAAAUACCAUUGCCACUCAUUGUGGGUCCAUGGAAUACAUGGGCAGCACCAGAUGCCACUGGAAGCACCUUCAGAUGGAGAUAUGUAUUGCGACCAGCAAUCAACAAAGACGAACCAAUUCCAGAACUCAUUGAAGCCAAGAAAGUCAAACUUCCAUGUAUUGUCAGUGACUGGAAUGAAUGGUCAGCACCUGAUGCUACUGGAUCUUCAUUCAGAUGGAGAUUUGUUGUCAGACCAGCUAUCAAUGGAGGACAAGAAUGUCCAGACCUCAUCCAGGGCAAGAAAGUACCACUCCCACUCAUUGUGUCUCCAUGGAAUACAUGGGCAGCACCUGAUGCCACUGGAAGCACCUUCAGAUGGAGAUAUGUUGUCAGACCAGCAAUCAACAAAGACGAAAAGACUCCAGACCUCAUUGAGGCCAAGAAAGUGGUUCUUCCAUGUAUUGUCACUGACUGGAAUGAAUGGUCCGCAGCUGAUGCUACAGGCUCCUCAUUCAGAUGGAGAUUUGUUGUCAGACCAGCAAUUAAUGGAGGAAAAGAAUGUCCAGACCUCAUCCAGGGCAAGAAAAUACCACUGCCACUUAUUGUGGGUCCAUGGAAUACAUGGGCAGCACCUGAUGCCACUGGAACCACAUUCAGAUGGAGAUAUGUAUUGCGACCAGCAAUCAACAAAGACGAAAAGACUCCAGAACUCAUUGAGACCAAGAAGGUUCAACUUCCAUGUAUUGUAACUGACUGGAAUGAAUGGUCUGCACCUGAUGCAACUGGCUCUUCAUUCAGAUGGAGAUUUGUUGUCAGACCAUCUAUCAACGGAGGAAAAGAAUGUCCAGACCUUAUCCAGGGCAAGAAGGUACCACUGCCACUCAUUGUGUCCCCAUGGAAUACAUGGGCAGCACCUGAUGCCACUGGAACCACCUUCAGAUGGAGAUAUGUAUUGCGACCAGCAAUCAACAAGGAUGAAAAAACUCCAGAACUCAUUGAGACCAAGAAGGUACAACUUCCAUGUAUUGUCACUGACUGGAAUGAAUGGUCCGCACCUGAUGCCACAGGCUCUUCAUUCAGAUGGAGAUUUGUUGUCAGACCAUCAAUUAAUGGAGGAAAAGAAUGUCCAGAUCUCAUCCAGGGCAAGAAAGUACCACUCCCACUUAUUGUUUCUCCAUGGAACACAUGGUCUGCACCUGAUGCAACUGGAAGCACUUUCAGAUGGAGAUAUGUCUUGCGACCAGCAAUUAACAAAGACGAACCAAUUCCAGAACUCAUUGAGGCCAAGAAAAUACCACUUCCAUGUAUGGUAUCUGACUGGAAUGAAUGGUCUGCACCUGAUGCAACUGGAACUUCCUUCAGAUACAGAUCUGUCACCAGACCACCAAUCAACAUGGACGGAGAAUGCCCACCAUUGAUCCAAGCCAAGAAAGUCAAACUUCCAUGUAUUGUGUCUGACUGGAGCACAUGGUCAUCACCUGACGCUACUGGAUCUUCAUUCAGAUGGAGAUUCGUCACCAGACCAUCAAUAAACGGAGGACAAGAAUGCCCAGACCUUAUACAAGGAAGAAAGGUACCAUUGCCAUUGAUUGUUUCUGACUGGAACACAUGGUCUGCAGCUGAUGCAACAGGAAGCUCUUUCAGAUGGAGAUUUGUCACAAGACCAGCUAUUAACAAGGAUGAACCAAUUCCAGAACUCAUUGAAGCCAAGAAAAUACCACUGCCAUGUAUGGUAUCUGACUGGAAUGAAUGGUCUGCACCUGAUGCCACUGGAACUUCCUUCAGAUAUAGAUCUGUCACCAGACCACCAAUCAACAUGGAUGGAGAAUGUCCACCAUUGAUCCAAGCCAAGAAAGUCAAACUUCCAUGUAUUGUUACUGACUGGAAUGAAUGGUCUGCACCUGAUGCAACUGGCUCUUCAUUCAGAUGGAGAUUUGUCACCAGACCAUCAAUUAAUGGAGGACAGGAAUGUCCAGAUCUCAUCCAGGGCAAGAAGGUACCACUGCCACUUAUUGUUGGUCCAUGGAACACAUGGUCUGCUUCUGAUGCCACAGGAACCUCUUUCAGAUGGAGAUAUGUGUUGAGACCAGCAAUCAACAAAGAUGAACCAAUUCCAGAACUCAUUGAAGCUAGAAAAGUCAAAUUGCCAUGUAUUGUAACUGACUGGAAUGAAUGGUCUGCACCUGAUGCUACAGGCUCUUCAUUCAGAUGGAGAUUUGUCACUAGACCAUCAAUUAACGGUGGAGCUGAAUGUCCAGACCUUAUCCAGGGCAAACGAAUUCCACUGCCAUGUCUUGUCAGUGAAUGGGUUGAAUGGACUGCACCUGAUGCUACAGGAACUACCUUCAGAUACAGAUUCGUCACCAGACCACCAAUCAACAUGAAGGGAGAAUGUCCACCACUUAUCCAGGGCAAGAAGAUUCCACUGCCAUGCUUGGUUUCUGAUUGGACCACCUGGUCUGCACCAGAUUCAACAGGAACAUCAUUCAGUUAUAGAAUGGUAACCAGACCAGCAAUUAAUGGAGGAAAAGAAUGUCCAGAACUCAUCAGAUCUAAGAAAAUACCACUGCCAUGUCUUGUCUCUGAUUGGACUGAAUGGUCAGGUCUUGAUGCCACUGGAACUUCAUUCAGAUACAGAAUGGUAACCAGGCCACCAAUCAACAUGGAUGGAGAAUGUCCACCAUUGAUUCAAGCCAAGAAAGAACCACUGCCAUGUCUGGUUUCUGACUGGACCGCAUGGACCUCACCAGACUCAACCGGAACUUCAUACAGUAUCAGAAUGGUAACUAGACCAGCAAUCAACGGCGGAAAAGAAUGUCCAGAACUCAUCAGAUCUAAGAAAUUAAGUCUACCAUGUAUUGUAAGUGAUUGGACCGCAUGGAGUGCACCUGAUACCACAGGAACAAUCUAUAGAUUCAGAAUGAUGACCAGACCAUCACUCAAUGGUGGUGCUGAAUGUCCAGACUUGUUACAAUCCAAGAAAGUACAACUACCAUGUAUUGUAACUGACUGGAACGUAUGGACUGCUGUUGAUGCCACUGGAGUCUCCUACAGAUACAGAUACAUUGUCCGACCAUCACUUAAUGGUGGCGCUGAAUGUCCACCACUUAUACAGUCCAAGAAAGUACCACUACCAUGUAUUGUUAGUGAAUGGACCGCAUGGACAUUACCAGACCAAACUGGAACAAGAUAUAGGUACAGAAUGAUGCAGAGACCACCACUUAAUGGAGGAAAAGAAUGUCCAGAUCUUGUACAAAUGCAGAAAGUACCACUUCCAUGUAUUGUAAGUGACUGGACCGAAUGGAGUGCACCAGAUGCAACUGGAACCUCAUACAGAAAUAGAAUGGUACUCAGACCUCCACUUAAUGUUGAUGGAGAAUGUCCACCACUUCUUCAAUCCAGAAAGAUCAAACUCCCAUGUCUUGUUUCUGAAUGGACCGAAUGGUCUAAACCAGAUCCACAAGGAACCAGAACCAGAACUAGAGGUGUAGUAAGACCAGCAUUGAAUGGCGGACAAGAAUGUCCAGAAUUGAUCCAGAGAGACAAAGUUGAGGUAGUCUGUGUAGUAUCUGAAUGGGGCGUAUGGAAUUAUGCCAACUCUGAUGGAAUUAGUAAACGAGAGAGAACUGUGAUAAUACAACCACAAAAUGGUGCUGGCAAUUGUCCACCAUUAGAAGAAACAAGAAAGGUAUCUCGAGACUGUGUUGUAACAGAAUGGACUUUUUGGACUGCACCAAACCAAGGUGGCAGAUCAGAGAGAACAAGAGAUGUACAGGUUGCACCACUUCAUGGUGGAAAACAAUGUCCUCCACUCAAAGAAACUAGACGAGUUGAUACACCUUGUGUUGUAAGUGAAUGGUCAUACUGGUCCACACCAGACUCUAAUGGAGUUUCAAAAAGAACAAGAGAAGUCCUAAGAGCAACUGUUGGUGAAGGUCAAGGUUGUCCAGAUCUCCAAGAAACAAAACAAGUUGAUCAACCAUGUAUUGUAAGUGAAUGGUCAUACUGGUCAACACCAAACAAUAAUGGAAUUUCACAAAGAACAAGAACUGUCCUCCGUCCAGCUGUCGGUAAUGGUAAACCAUGUCCAGAACUUGAAGAAACAAAGGAGGUUGGAAUUGACUGUGUAAUGGGUCAAUGGACAAAUUGGUCAGAGAUGAUUGAAGGAGGUCUAGUAACAAGAUCUAGAAGAAUAAUGAAGAAAGGAAACCAAUAUGGAGAACCAUGUGGAGAAACUGCAGAAUCCAAAAAACUUAAGAUUGACUGUGUUGUACUUGAAUGGGGAGCAUGGACUGUAAAUUCCAUCACUGGUACAUCAACCAGAAGGAGGGCAAUCAAACAGGUUGAAUUGAACGGAGGAAAACCAUGUCCUAAAACAUUUGAAACAGAAGAAGUUGAAAUUGAUUGUGAAGUAGGAAACUGGGGAUCAUGGGGAGCAGCUCAUCCUAAGACUGGCAUGAGUGAGAGAACAAGGAAAGUAAUCAAAAAUCCAAAGAAUGGAGGCAAAGAUUGUCCAGAACUUAUUGAAAGAAAGAGAGUGAAGAUUGACUGCCGUGUUGGACAUUGGGAAGAAUGGAGUGAACCAUUUGGAUUUGGAACAAGAACCAGAAGGAGACAGGUCACACAGCCACCAGCAAAUGGUGGUGACAGAUGUCCAGAUUUAGAACAAGAGGCUCCAGCUGAAAUUACUCCCGAGAAAACAGCAGAACACAUUAUCAAACACUUCAUCCGAGGAUAUAAUGGAUCAAGAGAUAUCAUGGUCAUCGUAGAUUCCUCUGGAAGUAUAGGAUUAAAUUAUUUCAAGAAAUCUCUUGAAGACUUGUACAAUCUGUUGUCAUACAUGUGUCCAUCACCCGAACCUUACCAACCAAGACAGGGUCAAGGCUAUAAUCAACUUGGUAUGAUCCAAUUCUCUACUGAUGUACAGGACAUAUUCCACUUUGGCGAACACAAGAAACUUGCUGAUAUAAAGAAUGCCAUUACAAGCACUCCGUAUAUGGGUGCCACAACAUGUACCAGCAAAGCAUUGGAACAUGUAGCAAACAACCAUAUGCCAAAGGCAAGACCAGGUGUCAAGAAACAGAUCUUGUUGUUGACAGAUGGUUUAUACAACUGUAACAAGAAGGAAGUGACUGAAAGAUUUGCUAAGGACUUACAAAAAAUGGGUGAAGUGUACGGAAUGAUGAUCGGUAUCCAAGGACAACAAGGAAAGGAUCUAUUGUCUGGAUUGGUUUCACAACCAUUGAAAGACCAUCUUUACUCAUCCAGAGACUAUAGAGAGUUUUCAGACCUUGUGCGUAUCAUAAAGAAUAUUCUGAUUAGCACGGGUAUGAAGUGUACUUCAUUUAACUAAUCAUUUCACAUUUUAUGUAUUGUUUUACCUAAUAAAAGAGAAGGAUAUAUUGUUA